AGGCUGUCGGGCGAGUCGGAAACGGAGCAGAGGCCGACGAAGGGUGCGCGGAGCGCAUUGUUCGUGGCGCCUUUCAACAUGGCACCGGUGCCGCUGCGUUGGAAAAACGCAAGAGACGUGCGAGCCUCGUCGGGGGUGCACUAGUGCCAGAUAAAUCGUCCACGGGGAAGAGGAGGCUCCCUCGACCGCGAACGCGUGAGAGUGCGUCCUCGGAGAGCGCGUCGAGUUUCGAAGCGGAUCUCGUACGGAUCGAGAACGCAAAAGAGAGAGAGAGAGAGAGAAAGAGAGAAAGAAAAGAGAGGAUAGAGAGCCAUGUCGAGAAGUCGCACGGGGCAGGGACGGCAGGCCAAUCCGGUGGCGGUCAUCCUACCCCGUGUCGAGUGACAGGCUGCUUACGUAACGGAUUAUUCUCGCUAUGAUAACGACACUCCGGUCGGCGCGAACGCGACACGUCGACGCGAGGAAGUGGCAUCAGCAACAGCAGCAGCAGCGGCGGAGCAGCAUCAUCGCCGGGAAGACCGUCGACGCGGCGGCGACGGCGCAGCGCGCGACCCCGACAGAAAUACGCCGACCCGGAUCCCGCUAUCGUCGUCUCUGAUAUCCGUCGCUUAAACGGACGCCGAGCGUCGCGACGCCUACGCCACGUCGUCGUCGUCGUUGUCGUCGUCGCCGCCGCCUCGGGAGAAACACGUCUGACCGGGGUGCCGAGUGCGAAUUAUGACCGCAGCGAUCGUCAUGGAAAACUGGGACCCUGCAUUGUCCAAGUUGCUGAACUCGCUGCAGGAGAACAAGACGGAAAUACCCAGCUGCACCGAGGAGGAAUUUGGGUUUCUCAGCGAGCUGCUGCAGUCCAAGGAACUGAACGCUCUGGUGAAUGUUCAUAAUAAAAUUCUGAACAAUCUCAAGAAUGACAAGUUCUUCCCCGUACUUUCGAACUCGAUGGACAUCAACGCCGAUAUCCUUAAUCUGUUGAAGUCCAAAAUGCACAUCUCGUCUGAAUUUAAGGAGCUGUUCUAUCUGCUGCAGAAACCCCACCUUCAGGGUCUCCUCUGCGCUCACGAUGCGGUGGCGCAAAAGGACUACCAUCCAAGGCUGCCGGAGAUCCCGUUGGAGGUGGACGAGGAUGAGGAAACGGUGAAGAUCGUCCAGCUGGUGAAAUCAAACGAGCCCCUGGGCGAGGCCGGCGUUGAACCGAUCGUGGGGGCGACCAUCAAAACCUGCGAGGAGACCGGCAAGAUCGUGAUCGCGCGGAUAAUGCACGGCGGAGCGGCUGACCGGUCCGGUCUUAUCCACGUUGGCGACGAAGUCAUCGAGGUCAACGGUAUCAGCGUCGAGGGAAAGACACCCAGUUUUGUUCUACAUAUUUUGCAAAAUUCAGAAGGGACAAUCACUUUUAAAAUAGUGCCCGCGGACAGCAAAAGUGGAGUCAGAGAGAGCAAGGUUCGCGUGAAGGCACAUUUUUCGUAUGUAGCGGCCGACGAUCCUUACAUUCCGUGUAAGGAAGCCGGAUUAGACUUUGUCAAGGGUGACGUCCUGCAUAUUGUCAGUCAAGAUGACGCUUAUUGGUGGCAAGCCAGGAGAGAAGGCGAUCGAAAUAUGAGGGCAGGUUUAAUCCCCAGCAGAGCUCUUCAAGAACGCAGGAUCCUUCUCGAAAGGAAGGAAAAGGAGAAGUCAGACGAAGACAAUAUAAGCAUAUGUUCUGUUCCAGUGCCUUUGCCCGCAUUGUGCCCCCGUCCCAGUACCUCUUUGCACGCCUCGCCUACAAAGUGCAACUUGCAGGGAACUAAAACUAAAAAAAUCAUGUAUGACGCUGCAGAGAACGAUGACUUCGAUCGGGAAGAAGUACCGACUUACGAAGAGGUCGCGAAACUCUACCCUAGGCCAGGUCUGUACCGGCCGGUGGUUCUCAUCGGGCCACCGGGGGUUGGCAGGAACGAGCUGAAGAGGCGGCUCAUGGAGUCCGACACCGAAAAGUAUAGGACUCCUGUUCCUUAUACGUCUAGGCCACCGCGACCAGGAGAAGUAGACGGCAAGGAGUAUCAUUUCGUAACUCGGGAGAAAAUGCAGGAGGACAUCGAGACAGGGAAAUUCAUCGAAUACGGCGAGUACAAGGGGAAUUUAUAUGGCACCACUUCCGAAAGCGUCACCUCGUUAGUGAACGUCGGAUAUGUGUGCCUCCUGAAUCCUCACUAUCAAGCCCUCAAGAUGCUAAGGACGCCGCAAUUGAGGCCGUACGUCAUAUAUGUGAAACCGCCGACGUUUGAGGUACUGAAGGAAACCAGAAAUGAGGCCCGAGCAAGGUCGACCUUCGACGAAAACAAUUCUCGAGGCUUCACGGACGAUGAAUUCCAUGAGAUCCUGUUAAGCGCGGAAAGAAUAGAGUUCCUGUAUUCUCACCUUUUCGACGAGGUGAUUGUGAACGCUGAUCUUUCCACGGCAUUCGAGCAACUAGUCAACGCGAUCCAUCGAGUGGUGUCCGAGCCGCUUUGGGUACCAGCCUCGUGGGUUCAGUAAAAUGACAGUCUUAAAGGUGGAACAAAAACGCCCGGAAAAAAUAGCGGAAAAGAGAAAGGGGUCUCGUUGAGACUGUUCGUCACACGGUUUGACAAGACUGAGCGUUUCUUGCAAUAUUUUCUCGCUCGACGACACUUUAGCUCUGCUUCCGCGCAGAACAUUUCCCCGAAGAACGCGUCUCGUACUUCUCUCGUCUCACCGAAUUGCAAUUUACCACCUAGAACGUUAUUGCGCCUUUACACUCGUAGAAAUUUCGUACCUCGAACGUUCGUGAGUCUUUGUCCGUUUUGAAAACGAAUUAAAUGAAAUUUUCUAUUAUAGGAUGCGCCGUCGUGCGCGUUCGCCGUCAGUCGAUCGUUGACGAUUCGUCGAUCGCGAAUGGAACGCGACGCGCUUCUCCUCGACUAGAUUAAAUAGCUAAAUAUGAAAUGUUGAAGUAAUAUCUCGAAGAUACGCUCCAAGUGAUUCAAAAUCGUCCAAAUCCUACAGCUCUCGUUUACCGGGUAACUAUCAGCCGUUUUCAGCGAUUCACUCCGCGCAUUCUUAAUCUUAGAUUCCCUUACUGCCAGAAGCUUCACCAGCGGCGGGAGAGCUCAGUAUCGCGCGAUACAACUUAUCUGAUGUCGUCGCGAAUCUCUUCUGCACGUCCUAUCGACACGUUCGUGAAAUUCCAGUUUUGAGAAAUCUUGCAUACCUUGGGAUCAACGCUCAUGAAAUGGUACCUCGUGUAGAAGUUGUUUUGAAAGCUUUAAAGCUUUAAACCAAAGCCGGGAGAAUCACUAUCGUGGACGAUCUUUGAUCUCGAUUGUUGUUAAUUGUUGCCAAAUAAGUAUUGUACCUAGAAAGCGACCGAAACGAUCGCUCCACUGUACUUACUGUAUUUUCCACUCGGUCAGCAUUAUCACGAUAUAUUGCUAUUUUAUUUUAUUCUUUUCCAUGACAAAAUAGGAUGCCAAUGAAAAGAAGAAGCUGUACGCUCUUUCGAGUUGACGUUGCAUAACUCACCUUUGAUGUAAACUCUGCAUGUUAUCGAAAUAUAUGAUUAAACUUUGAA